GCAAGCUUUUGUACGAAGGUCACCAGGUCACCAAAAGCAAACAAACAUUUGACUGAUUUGCAGUAUUUGCAGAAGCGGAGAAAGAAGAAAAGUAUCUGGCCUGUACUCCCUGUGGUUGGUAAAUCGACCUUCAUUCACUCAUCAGGGGUACCGGUUGCAGACAGACACUGGGACAGUGCUUUUUUUUGCAUCGUUCUGUCCGAAUAUUUGUUGAACAACGUUGUCUUGUCAACAAACCAAUUACCCAAUUGCAAUUCAUUAAUUUGAAGUCAAUCCAAGAUAGAAGGCCUUUCAGCACGCCGGCAGAGCCUGGACGUGCGAGUAUCCGGAGCAAGAGUAUUUGGGCUCCCUGCCUGGAAGCCAGUUGUGUCGUCUCUAGAAGAUAGCGUGGCACACGUGAACAUGCCGAUUUGAACGUACUGCUCAGCUGACCUCCAGCAGCGCUGCGGCACCUAAUCCACGUGCAAAGAAGAAGGCAGCAGGAGGAGGGGGCGGACGGGUGGGGUAAGAGCGGGGAAUGUCGGGCCCAACAACCCCGACCGGGCCCGGCACCGACCCGCGCAGCAUCUACGCCACAGCGCUCGCUCAGCAGCAACAGCAGCAACAACAACAGUCCUUGGCGUCGGUCGGCCCCGAUGGCAGCGUAGCCGCGGGUCCUGGCAGCGCUUCGUUCGAUCUCGACUUCCGCGUGUUCGUUCACCUGCUGACUGAGGGCCGCCUGCACAAGGACAGCCAGUACCAUGGCGUGCCGCUGUUGCACUAUGCGGCUUUUCAUGCCAGGCAAGAUAUCGUCCGUGAGUUAUUGGCACGUGGAGCGUUGCUGACUAGCAUGCCUGGGCGUAACCUCAGUCCACUACACUUUGCCUGCAAUAAAGAUCGGAGGCUGUGCUCUGAGGACGAGCAGCUGGCCCGUGCCAACAUCGUGCGCAUGCUAGUAUCCAACGCAGUGCAGCUGGAUGUUCAAGAGAGUCGGGGCUGGACUGCGCUCAAGUUUGCUGUCAGAAACGGCUUGGUGAAGUGUGUUGAAGCCUUGUUGGAUUGCAAUGCCAAUGCUGAUCUGGCUGAUGAAGAUGGCUAUAGUCCUCUGCAUAACGCCGUCGUUGUGGCUAAGGAUAUGCCUGAUGGAGAAGGUUUCCGUAUGCUCCAGUUAUUGCUGCGUCGCGUCUGUGAUGUGAAUGCUGUGAAUGAUCGCCGGCACACACCGCUGCUUCUUGCAUUGCUACAACGUGAUCGCCGCAGUGCGGAGAUGCUAAUGCACUACGGAUCCGAUCCUAACUCCAUGGACGCUGAUGGCAACACACCACUGAUUCUGGCGUCUCAGACUGGUGAUGACAAUCUCGUAUCGGUGUUUCUGGCACGCGGUGCUCACGUCAACCUGGUCUCGUCGUGUCGCCAGCGUACUGCACUGCACUAUGCCGUCGAGGCCGGUGUCAGCAACAUAGUCAGGUUUCUGCUGCGACAUGGAGCUGAUGUGUACAUCCGUGACAACAUGGGAGACACACCGUUAUCCCUGGCGUCCGGCAACCUGCUUGACCUGAUAAGAGCGUGUGCGGCCGUGCAAGCGGCCGAAUCCGGUGAUUCCGAUCGUCUGAGUGAAUUAUACCGGGAUGGUCUGGACAUUAACGCUGUGCAUCUUGCUAGCAAGUCACCGCUGUUACAUCACGCUGCAUGUGCUGGUCAGCCCGACGUCGUUCACUUUCUCCUGCGUUCCGGUGCGUUUGUGAACGAGCCCAACUCCGAGGGCAACACGGCGCUGCACUAUGCGUGUGUGUCUGAGCUGCCGCAUCGUAACUAUGCCGAGACGCUGCGCCAGCUGCUCAACAGUGGCGCGGACAUCAAUGCGCGCAACGACCGCGGCGAUACUCCCCUGCACUUAGCCGCCGA